AGCAGGAAGCAGGAAGAAGAAACCGUUUAACGGAAAGCAGAGCGACGUUCAGAGCCGUAAACCAACGCAGCGUCGCGUUGCCAUGGUGAAGCUGAGGGCCAGGUGUCUGCUCGUCGGAGAUGCUGCAGUGGGGAAAAGUGCCCUUUCCCACAUAUUCCACAGUGACGGGACUCUCUUCCAGAAGAACUACAGCAUGACAGCCGGAGUGGAGCUUCUGAUGAAGUGCGUCAACAUCCCAGAGACCAGCGACAGCGUGGAGCUCUACAUCAUAGACUCUGCAGGGAAGCAGACAUUAGUGGACUCCUGCGAGAAAAUGUGGGGUGAGCCGUCGUUGCUCUGUCUGGUGUUCGAUCUGACCAGCGAGCCGUCUUUUGCCAACUGCAGCCACUGGAUGGAGAGAGUCCGAGCCCACUGCGGAGGUCUCCAGCUUCCAGGCGUCCUGGUGGGAAACAAGUCCGACCUGUCUUCCAGAAGGGGGGUCGAGGCGUCCGUGGCCCAGGAAUGGGCCCAGAGCCAGGGGUUGGAGUACCACGAGACAUCGGCUAAGGAGAUGGAGAACUGUGAGGCGCCGCUCCUGGCUUUAGCCCGAGCCUUCCACGCUCUCUACCAAGAACGUCGGGAGACCAUCCAGAACCUGAGUCCAGGAUAGACCCACCUGGAUUCUGAUUGGCUUGUUCAGAAUGAUAUUUUAACCACGAAUAAAGUUGUUUUUCUAUGAUUUCGUUGUGUCUUUAUCUGUCUCUCUCUCUCUCUCUCUCUCUCUCUGUUGCCUCCCCAUCGCGUCAUUUCCGUCGUGUCUCCUUGCGGCGGCGCUAACAACCAGUAAUCACUGUUCUAAUUAGCCGUCUCCCAUUAAAACCAGGUCAAAGCCGUGUCCUUGUUCUCUCAGACCAGCUGCCACCGUUCAAAUGAGGGCGCGCUCGUUUCCAGGCCAGACACAAUGUUGGUUUUUUUUUCAUAUCAUUGAGCGCUGCGUCACAGUCGUAAAACAAGCCUCCGUCCUCUAUAGUGACAUUCAGUCCCUGAGUUUGAUUUAUUUUCUUUACCAGCCUGACAUUUGUUGAGAAAUGUAGGACAUUUAUUAAAACCACAGCCGUUAUUCACAAAUAAAGAGGUCACGAUACCAAUCUUUCCCUUUUAAACGUCCCAAAGUUACCAGCCAAAACUUCUAAAUGUUCCUUUUCUUCGGUAUCAUCAUCUAUAGUGGUUUAAAUGAUAAUAUAAAUAACUGUGUUUGUAUUUAAAUACUCUCUUUACCAAUAAACCUCCGUUAGCGCCGUUGUUUAACCACAGGUGUGUAUUACUAGUUUGCACAUGCUCAGUAGGGAUCAGACAGGAUGUACAGAUCAGCAGCGAUUGACACGUGUUCAUGCUGUGGAGCAUAAAUGAGCUGAUAGAUGAUGAAACAGCAUUCUUGAUACUGGUAUCGGACCAACUCUAUUCUAGAUUUAAAGGAUUAUAACAGGAAAGAAAACAGAUUUGUAAGGAGGUUGUAAAUGUUGUAAAUGUUAUUGAAGAACAAUGUUUUCGUAUUCCUUGAGGAUCGUUCUUCUCUUUCUUGCUGUCUUCAUUGUUUCUGUGUCUGCAGGUGUGUUUGGUUGUUUUCUUUUUGUUCAACAUGGAGCCUAUAAUAUAAAUGCUGCCUGUCACAUUAGUGUGGAUAAGCAUGGAGGUUAUAC